UCGUCGUGUUUGGUUGAAGUUUUUAUUUCUCGCGUAAGAAUCCGUUACAAGGAUAAUAGUUUUUAUUACAAACAAGGAUAUUUUUUAGGGUGUUUUCCCUUAUUUUUUUCCUCCAAAAAGGAUAUUACAAUCUCUGGAUGACAUUUAAAUGCAUUUUAUGAAAAAAAUACCAAAAAAGGACAUAAUUAUUUUCAUCCUUUUUAUGUGUUUAAGUGUUUUUUUCUGAUUUCUUGGUAGAAUAAAAAUCAUGUCCUUUUUCUAACAAUUUUUUAGAAAAAAAAAAAACAAGUGCUCUCCCAGUUAACUUCUCUCAAUUUAUAUUUACGUUGUUGUCGUGUGGCUGUGUGUGUAGCUCUGACUCUAAAGCAGAGUAGGAGUAUCGUUGUCGUCUCUCCGUCUGACCUCGUGCAGUGAAUCAUUGAGUGAAGUGAAUCGCACAGGACCUUCAUUCAUGCAGUUGUCCUGUGACGUGUCUCUACUGCACAACGCGCUGUGUUUUUACUUUGUAUAAGAGCCAAGAAGUGUAUUUUUUGUUUGCGUUGUUCUUGUUUUUGUGUUCAAAAAAAAGGAUACAAAUCUAAAAAAGGAUCCUCUCGGAAAAGCGAAAAGAUUUAGGUGUGGAUUUCGUGGGCGGUGGCACACACAAAAGGACCAAACCCCAAACCAUCUCUAGACCGCAUUCUGAGCGCCUGCUAUGCCAUUCAUUAAUGCAAUUAUAUCCUUUUCAAUUCUCAGCAUUAGAGAAUGAAAGGCAAAAAAAAAGAAAUGUGUGAGUAGCUCCUGUCAAGAACAACAACAAAAAUAAAAAGAGAAAAGAAUUAUACAAAAAGUAAAAAAAAAAAAGGAAAAUAAGAAAAUUCAUAUAAAGGAAAAGUGUGUAAGAAAAGAAAAUUAUGUAACACAAUACAAGACGGGCAGUGAAAAUUCCUUUUUGGUGGGGGAUGUAAACCAAAAAGAAUAAAAAAUAAUAAAUGCAAAAAAAAAUCCUUAAAAGUGUUUUGUCCUCGCGAAUGCGUUCGAUGCAGAAAGCAGGACCAACACACAAAACAAAGUGAAUGAAUGAAUUAUUUUUAUAUAAAAAUUUUAAUGUCCUUUCUGGAUGAUCCUUAAAUAGUGCAUUCAGAUAAUUGUAAAAAUAUUUUCUAUCCUCUUUUAUUGAAAAUUAGAAUCCUUGCUGUUUAAAAUGGUGUUAAGAGGAAUUUGAUGAUGAAAAUGUGCGAAUAAUUCACAGAUUGUCAAUUGUUUUUUGCAAGGAUAUUAAAAUUAACGCGUGUGUUUUAGUGAAUUGAAAAGUGUUUUUGUUAUAAUUUUAUUCUGUUUGUCCUAUAUUUUGUGUGUAUUGUAGUUAUGCAAUGAUGUCCUUUGGUGGAAAUACUUUAAUUUGUAUUCUAGAUCAUCUAGUUUAGCAAAACCGGAAGUGAAACCGCCCAUCAAAUACAAUAUAUUAUAUAAGUUAAAAGCAUAAGGAUAUAUUUAUUAUUAUUAUUAUUGUCCUCUGUGUGUUUUUGUUUUCGUCCUGUGGUCCUGGAGUCCUUUCUUCAUAUUUGUAAUCAAAGGAAAACAGCCUUGAUUGAGGAAUAUAUAUAUACACAACAACGUUUACCAAAAACAGAUAUGGACGACCUAAAUCAACUUCGAAUACACAGUAGAACAAAAAUCUUUCUAUUUAUCACGAGACUCUCAAUCUCAAUGCCCUUCUAAGAAGACAUUAAUAAAAAGGAAUAUAAAAAAAAACCCUUCACACUCAUCCUAGCACACACACACUCAUCACGAGUAUAACGGACGAAAUUAUUAUUCAUUCACAUUGAACUCGGAAAAAGUCAAAAAAUCAAAAAAAUGUCACAUCUUCAACAACCGCAUACAAAUCUCUGUUGAUGCAGCAGUAAAUAUUCCUUUUUCUCUCUAACUUUCUAUCUCUCUCUCUGUCAACCCCACCCGCCGGUAAACUGCAUCAACCAUAGCAAAGCAACCUUCAAACGGUCUUCAAAAUGAAAAUGUCACCCACAACGGGGGAGACGAUACGAGCAUGGCUCCUAUCGGCUCUCAUGGUCCAUGGAGCGGUGGCGGGCAAUCCCGAUGCAAAAAGGCUCUAUGACGAUCUACUUAGUAAUUACAACAAAUUGGUGCGACCUGUGGUAAAUACAACCGAUGUCCUUAAAGUCUGCAUAAAGCUGAAAUUGUCACAGCUUAUUGAUGUGAACCUGAAAAAUCAAAUAAUGACAACGAAUCUUUGGGUGGAACAGUCCUGGUACGAUUACAAACUAAGAUGGGAACCUAAAGAAUACGGUGGUGUUCACAUGUUGCACGUACCCUCCGAUCACAUCUGGCGGCCAGAUAUUGUAUUAUACAACAAUGCUGAUGGUCAUUAUGAAGUAACACUUAUGACAAAAGCAACAGUCUAUAGUAAUGGUUUGGUUAUAUGGCAACCACCAGCCGUCUAUAAGUCAUCCUGUUCAAUCGAUGUUGAAUAUUUUCCAUAUGAUGUACAGACGUGCAUCUUAAAAUUAGGAAGUUGGACCUAUGAUGGUUUUAAGGUGGAUUUGCGGCACAUGGACGAACAGCAGGGAAGCAAUAUUGUAGAUGUCGGAGUUGAUCUCUCUGAGUUUUAUAUGUCCGUCGAAUGGGAUAUCCUUGAAGUGCCAGCAGUGAGAAACGAGAAAUUCUACACAUGCUGCGAUGAGCCUUAUUUGGAUAUCACAUUCAACAUAACGAUGCGAAGGAAGACUCUCUUCUAUACGGUGAACAUAAUUAUUCCUUGCAUGGGUAUAUCAUUCCUGACGGUGUUAACAUUUUAUUUGCCAUCAGAUAGUGGAGAGAAGGUAACACUCUCAAUAUCCAUUCUUAUCAGUCUCCAUGUGUUCUUUUUGCUGGUUGUCGAAAUUAUUCCACCAACAUCUCUAGUUGUGCCUUUACUAGGGAAAUAUCUAAUAUUUGCUAUGAUAUUAGUUUCAAUAAGUAUAUGCGUCACCGUAGUCGUACUCAAUGUCCAUUUCCGAUCGCCGCAAACGCAUCGAAUGGCACCAUGGGUUAAACGAGUGUUCAUCAAUUUCCUGCCCAAAUUUUUAUUCAUCAAACGGCCAAAAUACAACUUUGAAACAAGCAAAUUGCUGCUGAAAGAUACACACGCCUGUUUCUAUCCAUACUAUUCAACAACGAAUCUGGAUCACAGUCCAACUGCCUACAGUCGAACGCCAUCAAAAGAGGAUUUGUCGCCAUCCAGCGUUGCUUUUUGCAGCUUAACUGGAACUGGACCAUUCGGUGGCAGUUGUCAAAUCCAUGGGCCAAUUCCAACCCUGCCACAAUCUGGAUCGAAUGAUUUAUCUGCCGUUCCCGAUUUAGACAUGGGACCACCCACGGGCAUUAAGAGUCCCAUAAUCAAUAACCCAGCAUUCUCCCAUUCGAAGUGUCCACCGAGAGUGCAUCGAAGUUGUUUUUGUGUACGUUUUAUUGCGGAGCAUACAAAAAUGCAAGAGGACUCAACUAAGGUCAAAGAAGAUUGGAAAUACGUUGCAAUGGUCCUCGAUCGUUUAUUCUUAUGGAUAUUCACAUUAGCUGUCGUAGCUGGUACCGCCGGUAUUAUUUUACAGGCGCCAACACUCUACGACGAUCGAAUUCCUAUUAUCGAACAAAAGUCCAUUGAUUUUUCGGGAACAUCGGCUGGCCGUUGUCGUCCGCCCCAAUAGCAGUUUUACUGUACAAAGUUCGUAUUCUUAAUUCCUCCUAUAAUAUUAUGUGCAAUGGGAAUGAGUGCCUGUGUUUUAAUGUCUGAAAGUUAUUACGCGUUUGUUAAAAAAUAUCUAGAACGAUUUUUUUAAAAAAGGAACCGACAGAGAAAUUAAAAGAUGAACAAAAAAAAUACGAGAACCAAAUACAAAAAAUUGACAAAAAUACAAAAAAAAAAAUAUUUUAACAAAAAAUAAAAUUAAACAAAAAAAUUGCAAAAAAAAAAGAUAAAAAAUCAUACAAAAAAAAAAAAAUAAACAAAACAAAUGUAACGAAAUUAUGAAAAGAAUUAUUUAAGAAAACAAAAAAAAAAAAUGAUGUAAGAAAGAUUAUACAUAUACAUUGAUAAGCAGUUAAUUCGUAAAAGAAACAAAAACAAAAAAAUUAUAGGUAAACUCUAUAAAUAAGAAACAUUAAAUUAAAUAAAAAGAAAAAAAAAACUAGUUCAAUUAAAAAUUGAUUUUAAGAUGUUAGUUUCUCCUCCCACAACCACGCACAGAAAAUUUGUUUAUAUCAAGUAGACAAAUAUCUUUAAAAAAAAAAUAAAAACAAAAAAAUACUUCAUCUGUCUGUUAAAUUUUUUGCUAUUAAUUUUCUUAUAAUAAACUUUAAAAAUAAAUACAAAAAAAGAAAAUAAUUACUAAUUUUGAUCAACAUAAAAAUAAGAACAAAGUCCAAUUUCAUACCUUCGUGUAUAUUUCAUAAAAUUUCUCUUUCUAUCUUAAAUGAAGUUAAAACCAAAUAUCACUGUAUGAACCGAACAAAUGUUGAUGUGAGUUUUUUCCUAAAAACAAUUAUUUUUCUUUUUUUUUUUUCUUUUCAACCAAACAAUUUUUAUUUUUGGUUUACCUUACAAAACAGCACAAUUGGUUUGUUAUAAUAUAAAAUAUGGAUGUUGUUAUUGAAAUAUUCGUGCAGUUCACUCUACAAGUACAAUUACUACCACUCGACUUCCUAAGAAUAGCUUUUUUCAUAUUAUUGUGGAAUGAGGAUAUUAAGCUGACUUUUCGAUUAGUAAAGAAACCCGUCUGCCAAGAUGACUUAAUUUACUCAGUUUAAUUGAUGUUACUCUGAAUUCUGGUAACAGACCUGACCCGAAAAUUUACACUUCUUUUGUAUUAGAAAACUCAUGAGUCCCAUUUAAUAAAGACCUAACACCUUCAUAAAAAAGAAUGUCUUUUAAAAGCACAUAGCGUUGGCCAGAUUUUGAGGAUUACCCCAACAUAUCAUCAUAGGACAACUCAUCAUGAGCAAUCCAUUAUGAGAAAAGUCAUCACAAGGUUCGAUUUGACCAAAUUUCACCAAAUUUGAAUAUGCUUCUUGAGUAAAUUUGUGGUAUUUUUUGAUUUUAUUUCUUGAAUGUUUAUCUUGACGGUUGCUUUAAGGAAAUUUCCAUGAUUACUUGUCCCGAAUUUAUAAAGGAGCUUCUGAAAACGUAACAAUUUAGUGGUACGUCGCAUAUUGGGACAAGAUGACUGAAUUCAUGGCCUAAAAUCAGCCCGUACAGUCAGAACCUAAAAUUUCGCAUGUAGGCUCCUAAGACUCUUACAAAGUGAUUUCAAAAAUUUUGCCACGCCCUCUAAAACGCCCACUUUAUAGAUUACCAUUUCUGAAUUAAUGAACGAUUUCUCUUAUAUAUCAGCUUAAC